CCUUUCCAUCAUGUCAUAUAUUUCAUCACUCAAUCUACUAGGGGACGAUUCUCCUGUUCCCCUUUCUGAAGAAACACUUAGCGAAGAACUUGCUCUUUGGGCUAAUGCACAAUUCACGUUCGAUACAAAGCCUGGUACAGCCAUUCACGAUGAUUCAUAUAAAGAAAAUAUUUUUUCGACCUUUGCCAACUUGAAUGAUCACCUUAGUAAUGAUAAGAAUCAACAGGAAGAUUAUAUGAUGAAUACUUAUUUAAAUAUACUACCUAACACAACUAUCAACCCCUCUUUGCCAGCCUCUUCUUCUUUGCCUCGUAUUGCUCCUGCACCUGCUCAACCACAACCACCACAAUUUUUUUCUACACUUCCUGCCGCUCCCGCACCCAACUCAAAGAAACGCAAAGCGCCUUUAAAAGAAACUGAGGAAACAAUUGAUGAAGACAAAAGAAGACGCAAUACAGCAGCGUCUGCUCGAUUUCGUAUGAAGAAGAAAUUAAAAGAACAAGCACUUGAACGCACAGCUAAAGAGAUGACAGCCAAGGCAGAGGCACUUGAAAAGCGAGUGCUUGAAUUAGAAAAAGAAGCUCAAUGGCUUCGUGCUUUAGUCAUUGAAAAAGAUCCUGCUUUAAUCAAAAAAGAUGAAUAAACCAUGUACACACACCAUUGUAAAAAGAAUAGCUUGUACAGAU